GCCCCAGAGUCCUUCGCGUGCAGGUGGCAGUUUUCGGUCGCGGCGCGCGGCGACUCCGGAAGUCCCGCGCAGGGGCCGGUGGGGCCUGAGCCCCGGCUGCUAUGGCCGUGGCUACAGUGGCGGCACUACUGGCUGCACUGGGUGGGACCCUGUGGCUGGCGGCCCGGCGGUUAAUGGGGCCCAGCGUCCAGCGGCUGCACGGAGGCGGGGACCCCGGCCUCAUGCACGGGAAGACAGUACUGAUCACCGGGGCCAACAGCGGCCUGGGCCGCGCCACGGCCGCCGCGCUGCUUCGCAUGGGGGCGCGGGUGAUCAUGGGCUGCCGGGACCGCGCGCGCGCCGAGGAGGCGGCGGGUCAGCUCCGCCGCGACCUCCGCCAGGCAGGUGGCUGUGAGCCAGGCCCUGACGCCAGCGGGCCAGGCGAGCUCGUCGUCAAGGAGUUGGACCUCGCCUCGCUGCGCUCGGUGCGCGCCUUCUGUCAGGAGAUGCUCCAGGAAGAGCCUAGACUGGAUGUCUUGAUCAAUAACGCAGGGAUCUUCCAGUGCCCAUACAUGAAGACAGAAGAUGGCUUUGAGAUGCAGUUUGGAGUGAACCAUCUGGGGCACUUCCUCCUCACCAAUCUUCUCCUGGGGCUCCUCAAAAGUUCAGCUCCCAGCAGAAUCGUGGUAGUGACUUCCAAACUUUAUAAAUACGGAGAUAUCAACUUUGAAGACUUGAACAGUGAACAAAGCUAUAAUAAAAGCUUUUGUUACAGUCGGAGCAAACUGGCUAACAUUCUUUUUACCAGAGAACUAGCCCGCCGCUUAGAAGGCACAAAUGUCACUGUCAAUGUUUUACACCCUGGAAUUGUGCGGACUAAUCUUGGGAGACACAUACACAUUCCACUGUUGGUCAAACCACUUUUCAAUUUGGUGUCAUGGGCUUUCUUCAAAACCCCAGUGGAAGGUGCCCAGACUUCGAUUUAUUUAGCCUCUUCCUCCGAGGUUGAAGGUGUGUCAGGAAAGUACUUUGGGGACUGUAAAGAGGAAGAACUGUUGCCUAAAGCCAUGGAUGAGUCUGUUGCAAGGAAACUCUGGGAUAUCAGUGAAGUAAUGGUUGGCAUUUUAAAAUAGGCACAGGGAGUGUAAGAGAGCUAUUUAUAAAACCGAACCUCAGUUAUAUCUGUUCAGGAAUGGUGUGGCUUGAGCACUUGCUACUUGAAAA